AAGAUAUUCUUAUUCCAAAAAGAUCAAAACGAGGCUUCAGCCAGCGGAACGGAAGGCCGCGUCAGCUGUCAGUGGAAACCGGUGAGUUCUGAGAUUUCAGAAAUGAAAAAAAUUUAGGACUGAAAGGACCGGCUUCAACCGUCGAUAGUCGCCAUGGCCCCCAAGGUUCUCAUGGUUGCAGAGAAGCCUAGCAUCGCCCUAGCUAUUGCUUCCGCGCUCUCCCAUGGUCAAAUGUUUACAAGGAAAAGCAGUACAGAUGUCCAUGAAUUUGAUGGAAUAUUCAUGGGACUUCACGCUCAUUGUAAAGUGACAUCCGUCAUUGGUCAUGUUUUCAGUGUAGAUUUUCCGGCAACAUAUCAAGAUUGGACAAUCACGGAUCCCCUUGAUCUUUUUGGAGCUCCGAUUGUUAAGGCAGAAUCAAACCCAAAGGCUCAUAUUUCUAGGCAUUUAAAUCAAGAAGCUCGUGGUUGUGGUCAUUUAGUAUUAUGGUUGGAUUGUGAUCGUGAAGGGGAAAAUAUAUGUUUUGAAGUGAUUGAGUGUACUGGCUUUCAUCUAAGAGAGGCUAGAAAAAUGGUUUAUCGUGCUCGAUUUUCAUCUGUUACUGAGAAAGACAUUUUGAAGGCCAUGGACAACCUUGUAGAACCAAACAGAGAUGAGGCAUUGGCUGUAGAUGCUCGCCAAGAGAUAGAUUUGAAAGUUGGAGUCGCAUUUACACGAUUUCAGACUAGUUAUUUCCAAGGAAAAUAUGGGAAUCUUGAUUCUAGAGUCAUCUCCUAUGGACCAUGUCAAACUCCAACUCUUGGUUUUUGUGUCCAACGGUACCUGCAAAUUACUACUUUUAAGCCAGAAACAUUUUGGGCUUUACGUCCUUAUAUCAUACACAAUGGCUAUGAACUUCAGUUGGAAUGGGAACGUGGCAAGGUGUUUGACUUAGAUGUUGCUGUGAUGUUCCAAAAAUUGGUACUAGAGGAUGGGAUUGUAGAAGUAACUAAUGUAUCUGAGAAAGAAGAAAGCAAAACUCGCCCUUCUGGCCUUAACACGGUGAAUCUUCUGAAGGUUGCUUCAAGUGCAUUAGGCUUUGGACCUCAAAUGGCUAUGCAACUAGCUGAACGGUUGUAUACUCAGGGCUUUAUCAGCUACCCACGUACAGAGAGCACGGCGUACCCUUCUUCAUUUGAUUUUAGAGGCACGCUUGGAGUGCAGGUAAAUAAUCCGACAUGGGGCAGUUAUGUGCAGAAGCUCCUGACUGAUGGAUAUCUUAAGCCACGAGUAGGAACAGAUGCUGGUGACCACCCUCCUAUAACUCCAAUGCGGUUCGCAACUGAGGAUAUGCUAGGCAAUGAUGCUUGGAGGCUCUAUCAAUACGUCUGUCAACACUUUAUAGGGACUGUGUCUCCUGAUUGCAAGUAUAUAAGGACAUGGGUGGAGUUUUCAAUUUGUGGAGAGUUCUUCCAUUGCAUGGGGCAGCUUGUUACUGUCAAAGGAUUUACAUCUAUUAUGCCCUGGUUGGCAGUAAAUGAAAAAAAUCUUCCUCGGUUAACAAGAGGGGAGAAAAUAAAAGUUUCAAAAGUUGAGCUGUAUGAGGGGAAUACCUCACCUCCAGAUUAUCUUAGUGAGAGCGAGCUGAUAUCCCUGAUGGAAAAGAAUGGAAUAGGCACAGAUGCAUCCAUUUCUGUACAUAUUAACAACAUUUGUGAGCGCAACUUUGUUCAGGUACAAGCUGGCAGGAAGUUGGCUCCGACAGCUUUGGGUAUUAGCCUAAUAAGAGGUUAUCAACUUAUUGAUCCGGAUCUCUGUUUGCCAGAUAUUCGCAGCUUCAUUGAGCACCAGAUUACUCUAGUUGCCAAGGGUCAAGCAAAUCAUUCAUGUGUUGUGCAGCAUGUACUAAAACAGUUUCAGCAGAAGUACAGUUAUUUUGUGAAACAGAUUGAGAAUAUGGAUGCAUUAUUUGAAGCACAAUUUUCCCCGCUUGCUGAUUCUGGACGUGUACUUAGCAAAUGUGGCAAAUGCUUGCGUUACAUGAAGUACAUUGCCCCUCAGCCAUCACGCCUAUACUGUGGUACAUGUGAAGAAGUCUAUUAUCUUCCACAGAAGGGCACUAUCAAGCUGUACAAAGAACUCACUUGCCCAUUGGACAACUUCGAACUUUUAAUCUUCUCCAUGCCUGGUCCAGAAGGCAAGUCAUUCCCUCUAUGUCCAUACUGCUACAACAGUCCUCCAUUUGAAGGUAUAGACAGUCUCUUUGGUGCUUCUAAGAUCAAUAGCUCUGGCAAGGUGGGAAAAGGAGUCGGCAUGCCAUGCUUCCUUUGCCCGCACCCUACAUGCCCACAUUCUUCAAUAGCUCAAGGAGUAUGUGCCUGCCCAGAAUGCACUGGAACGCUUGUUCUAGACCCAGUAAGUGCUCCCAAGUGGAGACUUUAUUGCAAUAUGUGCAAUUGCCUGGUCUUCCUUCCUGAAGGUGCUCAUCGGAUUUCCACAACCCGGGAACAGUGUCCUGAGUGUGAUUCUACAAUCAUAGAAGUGGACUUCAAUAAGAAAACAACACCGUUGAAGGAUGGUAAUACCUGGCACGCGGGCUGUAUUCUUUGCGAUGAGCUACUUCAUUCGCUUGUGGAGAUGAAGCAUGGAAAAUCGUUCAAACGAAUGGGGAUGAGAGGAAGGGGAAGAGGAGCCCGCAGGGGAGGAUAUAGGGGAAGAGGAAGGAGUAGUGGAAAACGGGAUGACCCUAAAAUGAGUUUCCGAAAUUUCUGAACUGUAUUGUUGAAAUUGCCCAAUUUGGAAUUUGAAAUCACCGAACUUGUUACCAAGCGAGUAGCAGCGCUAUUUGAUUUCUUUUGAAAAAACAUUUAUUUUCCUUCAAAAAAAAAAAAAAAUAGUUUGGUAGUGUGGAUACAAUACUCAACAUAAGUACCUAAAUAUUUUUUUAUAAUUAGUACUUAUUUGUUAAGACGUUUCAAUGGGGAGUUUUAAGACUUACAUUUUUUCAAGGAAAAGUUUUUAACCUUCCCCUGGCAUAAAAUAUUUUAUUUUUUAAAGAAAAAUCAGAUGAUGCGGGAACUCACUUAUGGUGGGAUUGUGGGAGGGGUAAUUGCCAUUGUCUUCUAAAUAGGCGUCCACAGCCAUAAGUCUACUUGCUUUGCGAGGAUGGGGGAGCAUCACAAUGUACAUAAUUUUAUAUAGAGAGAUUGUUUCCUCGGAAUCAAACUCGGGAUCAACCAAAACUACCUCAUUGUUAAUUAAAUUUUGUCCUCCUAAUUGCUCUAAAUAUAGAUAUAUAUGGCAUGCAUGAUUUAAGAUUA